AUGAAAUAUCAUAGACCAUUUAAAAUAAACAAUUAUACAAACCAACUUCUUUUGGACAAUGAUAAUCGUAAAGAUCAGAAUAGCAAUUCUACAAGCAAUAACCCUUAUGAUAGUGACUUCUCUAAUCUUUCAAAUAGUGAUCUUAAUGGUAAUAGUUAUGGAUUAUUAGCCAAGGCUCUCAGCAAUAACAUUGAAGACAACCAUAUUAGUACCAAAGGGCAAAGGAACUAG